AACUUUUGACGUUUUAGCGCCGUCGAGGCCUCUCACUCUCGCGCCAAUUAGCGGGCCAGGUGAUAUGGCUUCGGCUCUGUAGUCUGUACUCGCGAGGCUGUCUCCGCAGAGGACGUAAGCGCUCAGGCCGCGUCCGUCUUCCGCAACGCACGCUCCACAAAACUAGAACCGUGCCAGGUGUCGGUGCCGUGAUGUCGAAACAGUGAAACAUUUGUGUGCAAUUAUCAGCUUCCUUCCCAUUCGGAUAUCGGAUUGCGUUACGAGUUUCACCAUGGGCGACUCACUUUUGAAAGAAGAUCCGCUGUCAAGGAUCCAGAGAGAGAUCAUCGAAGUCACAGAGAGGGAAAGAGAAUUUAAAGAAGGUCACUUCAGAGUCAACAGGCUUAUGUCCGAAUCUACGAUCGACGUUAAUCAUCAGAAUGGACACAUGAACGGCGAUGCUGAUGAGAAAAUAUCACGGACCCUCAACAGAGCGGUCUCCAUUUCACAUUUGUUAGGGCCCAUCGCCCCCUCGACUCCUGCAGCGCCUGCUGCCCUCACCGCAAAUGGUUACACGCGUCGAUUCACUCCGCAGACCGGUACAAAAGGAAUAAUGCAAAGAUUUAUAGCCAGCAAAGGAAAGCUGCCCCCGCCUUCAAAUGCGGCCUCAACACCGAAUACGGCCAUCGCCCCUCCCCUUAUUUUCCCCUCGACUCCAGUAUUGGCACCAGUAGUUUCCCCUCCUAUCAUCAAUCGUACGCCUGAAGGGAAACCAGUACGAAAGGGAUACGUCCCCGUCGAAGAGAAGAUACAAAAGGAACUACAGGAAAUGAAAGACAGAGAACAAGAGCUGAAGAAAAUGAGGAAAAAACAGAAACCUUUUGAUUUGGAACUGACCGAUGAUGAGAUAAACUCCGAAUCAGAAGAUGAGGAAAUUCCUUUACCCGGGAAACUUAAAGCCACUAAGUCAAUAGGAGAGCUUUAUGAGGCUCUGAACGAAGACAUACGAUCGCCAUCACCUAGAAAUAGUUCCGGACACGACUCACCCGGCAGCCUCAAGCCAGCCAAGUCGCUCGCCGAGCUGUGCGAGCUUGCACCCGGUGAAGAGUUCCUCGCUCCGAGUUCCACUCGGCUCAUAAAGCAGUGGGAAUCUAUGAUACAACAGAAACAGGAGGCCGGCGCUGCCUAACCUAACCUGAGAGCAGAGCCAGGGUUCUAAAGUGUGUAACGCUGAUCGUGUACGUACCGUGUUCGUAAGCAUCAACCACUCAAAGCGAGUUCCGAGGAACUACGAUCGAGGUGUCGCGUCUAUGGUGGUGUAGUAACGGGUCCGCGAGUGCGCGCCGCCUUGGAAUUCGCGAUUUACCGUAAUCCGAAAUCGGGCAAACGGACAAAUUCCACGAAUGUCUCGGUGCGCCUUCACUCGAUCAACAGUGAAUCAAUUAAUUUUCUCGCUCGCGAUGCAAAUGAUGGUUAUGGUCGCGAUCAUCACGAGCGUUGGAAAGCGGCCGCUGCACGCGCCUUCUGUGUGCGUUCGUUUCUUCCUAUUGUUUCAUUGUCACCUAUAAAUACGUUGAAAAACCGCGUGGUUUUUGCUGCCGCUUUCCAGCGCGGCACGUCGCGGCAAGCGUCACUCGUGGUUUAUUCAACUGUGGGAAACAAACAAGAAACUAUUUUAAUAGCCGUUUAAUAACGCCUUGGAAUCGGGUCUCAUUAUUGUUCUCGUUCCGUGAGUUCACAGGUGGCACGGUGGCCUACAGCGGCGUGAUUCCGACAGUGAUUGAGCACUAACAUAAUUGAGUUUGUUAUUGUUAGAGAAUAAACAAUUCGAACGUUACUUACAAUGCUACAAAGAUUACACGAAGCUUUAUGAUUUGUUUAAAAAUGAUUUUACUACGUAUUUCCUUAUCCUUUUCUUAUUUUUUUUUGUUACAAAAUAGUAGAAAAACGGUAUGGAACUCACAAUGAAUUAACGAAAUGCCUUACGGGAUUUUUGCUUGUGGUGGUUGGAUGCUGAUUAUUAAAAUACAUGGAAGUCUUUGAAGCGGGCCUCCGAAAAAAUAAAAAUAACAUCUUGUACUUAAUCUUAUCCGGUAUUACAGUUAAUUAUGCACUUAUUAUGCGCGGCGAUGGCCCUAAUAGAUAACUUUAGUUAAAUAUACAUUGUUGAUUCAAAUUUAAUUUGGAUCGCUUUAGAAUUAAAAAGUAGUGUCAAAUAGUCAGUGCCUUAAUCUAAUUUAGAAAUACGAAUAAAUAAAUUAAUUAAUAUAAAGUUUUUCAAAAUUCUAAUGUUCAAAUUGUUAUGGUUUUUAUUGCCAAAUUGUUAAAGGUUCUGUGCAAAUAAACUCGAUUACUGAGAGUUUGGGAUUUUUUUGCUAAUACGUCAGGCAAACGAAUCAAUAACAUUUGUUUUGUAUAUAUACAAUACUCGGAAUCAAACAUUAUGUAGGUUAUGCUGAUACAUAAAAUCGAAACUGCUUUAAAACUCGAACUGUCAAAUUUAGCUAAAUUACCCAAACUGAGAAUUUUCUAGAGUUGAUGAUGAUUGAUAAACCGUUAAAGACACCUUUAGACUAAAAUAAUUGUAUCUAUGCCACGUUCUUUGUAUUUUUAUAGAAGAUUAGAUUAGAUAGUAAUUACUUACUGAUUGCUUAGCAUAGAAAACACAAAUUAUUAUUGAAAACAAAUGACUUAACUAGAAAACAACGCAAAACAUAAAAUUUUUGGUCGUUUGAAUAACCAACGUACUUUUUUCUUUAUAAAUUAAUUAUCAACCAGUUGAUAAUUUAGUUUUCAGUCCCAAAUACGACAUUCUCUGAAAAAUUCAACUUAAAAUUUGGUAUGAUUGUCAAAUUUACAUUUCUCAAGAUUCUUUUUCAAAUAGAAUUUGUAUUUUUGUCAACAUUAUUAUGUGUAAAUGGCUUUCACACUGCUAAUAUUGUUAGUCUAUUAAAAACAAAACAUCGUUAUCUUUUUGCAGUGUUUACUUUCAAAGUUUUAAAGUAAUCUUGAUUUUUUUUUAUAUUACCGACUUAUGUAAAAUAUUUCUUAAUUACUUAUUUUUCUUCUAAAUUAUCAAGACCUUGGAUUUCGUGUUUUGGACAGAAUCGAAAACAUUUUAAAAUUAUACAGGGAAGGCUGAGGUUCAAGUUGUAUAAUCUGUGGUGGUUAUUUUGAUGUUAUAUUUUUGUCUACGGUGCACUCAGUCAUGUUUGUUUUAUUUUCUAAUAAUCUGGAGACUAAGGCUUUUGUAGCUUUGAUAUGGAUAGUGUUUUUAGCAUAAUAAUAUGAUUCAGUCAAUUAAAUUUAACUGAUAGAUUUAUGAUCGAGAUUGAUAGAGUUAAUUGUUGCAAUAUUGUAUAAGAAGAUAUUUAGGUUUUUUUUUUUUCAUUUAGAACAGUGCCAGGUAUUAAGUAAUUUGAAUUGCUUGUUUAUUUUAGAAAUUUCUCUGUCUGCUCUGUCGAAUAUUACAAAAAGAGUUUUCACAACAGUUCCGAUUUAAAUGUUUCUACGAAUAUUUUAAAUUAUUAUGUAUUUAUGUACAUGAUAAUGUGUAUUUUAUGCGUUAAACUAUUUUUUAUGUAUUUAAAUGUUUCGUGACACACCUAUUACAUAAUUAGUAAAUAUCAUAAAUAAAUAAAUUUAAGUUAAGCAUUGUGAUAUGAGAUUGCCUUAAACUUAUUAAAUUGUACUUUAUAAAGAAGUUAUACACGUCUAAUAAUAUAUUAUUUAUAUCAAUGUAAUAGAAUAGUGUGGAAUUCCUAAAUAUAAACAGUUGUAUUAGAAAAAAAAAAACGGUUAGUUUAAAAGAUAAUUAUAAAGUUUUGAAAUUUAAAAUGAAAUGUUAAUUUAUUGCUUAGGGUUUUCUUUUUGAUGUAAUAAAAUUAUUUUGAAAAUAAAA